ACCCUUGAGCAACAAUUAAGGACAAAGUGAUAUACAGGGACACUCGGAGUGAUGUUUCUGAACGCAGCCCUGGGGAACGUCGGGAGGAGCAAGAUGGCCGCCGUGAUGGACAUACCGCGCGACACGCACAUGGCAGAAAUUACGAUCGCGGACGACUCUGGUCGGCGGUGGGCCGACAAGAUGAAUUCGACCGUGCUGGACAAUUUUCACAAGCUGAAGGACAGCAACCAGGCCGUGAGGCUCAACGCCGGGGUCGCGCUGCUCCAUCACCUGCUUCAACGUAACACGGAUCAGGAGGAGUUGAAUUAUGCGCUGGUCAGACUUGUGCGCAGUCUGGGAUCCUCGAAGACGGCCACGAGAAAGGGAUCCUACAGCACCUUGACGGUCUUCCUGAGGAUGCGCGAUGACACGUCGCCGGAGAAGCUGCUGGCCAUAAUGGACUCCCAGUUGCACCCGGCUGGCAGUAAUCCUAAGAGCGAGAACGCUGAUAUACACAUGGGACGUAUACUGCUGUGUGGUGCGUUGAUAAGAUCCCAGUUAUUCGCUCAAAUGAGUCACGAGACGCUGGAACGGACGCCUGAAGUCUCCAAGAUCACGGAGAUCCUGGUGAAUUCUGGCAAACAGCGCAGCUACCUGUCGGCGAUCUCCGUUAUGUUUCUCGCGGAGUUCGCGUCUCAGCUUCGUUCGACAGUUCUACAGAAUAUCUGGCCAAUUAUUGAGAAGGAAAUUGGCAAGCCGUGGCCUGAACAAACUUUAGAUACUUUUUAUAUGCUACUUGUUCUUAAUACAUUCGAGAUGCCAUGUUGGCGCCCAUUUUUAAAACAACACUUCAAUGUGCAUCAGAUUAUUGGCGAGAAUACUGUGGAGGAUAUUGCUAGACUCUUGAUGAGUUUACCACGAACUACCUCUUAUCGUCGUCAUCCGGUGUUCAAGGUAUUUUGUGAGGAGCUAGUAAAGACUAAACACGUGACAGACUUCUUCACAUACAUCGAUCAGAGAUUUGUAAAACCAUCCAAGAUUGAUGAAUAUAUAGCUGUAGAACUUUUACGGCUAAUACUUGUUGAUGUUAAAAAUAAAGCUGUAAUAUCAUCACUAGUUCUUCCAAAUUUACUGCAACACAUGUUAAAGAGAUUUUCUAGUUGUAAGAGGAAUAAUAACGAUGAAGUUUUGGUAACAUUCAGAAAAGUUUUACAUCUGAUAGCGUCUGCUACAAAUGACAAAGACAUGGAGACAAAUGAACAGCUGUGUAUAUUGAAGAGGUUUAUAUUGCACCCGAGUGAUUUAAUGAUAGAAAAAAAGACAGGUGUCAAGGUGAUUCAAAUAAUUACAGGAAAUCUGAGGAUGGAUGGUAUUAAGAAAUUAUGCGAGUUGUAUAGAAAUAUUAUAGAACAUCAUAGCAAGAUGGCUAAAGAAAAAGAAGGUACAAAGACAGAAUGGACAAAUGCCGAGCGAAAUUACAUAGCGCAGCUAUUAACAAGAUUGAUGGGUCGUCAAGAGACAUUCUCAGAUCAAGACUGGAGACUUGAGCAACUUACGUUCCUGUUCAAUUAUGGAUUAUGUGAAGUGUCAAAUGUUGGCAUAGAACUAGCGCAACAAUUGAAGGAUUGCUUUUAUCGUGCCCUGGAUCAUAAAUUACCAAAAUUGGAUAACGUGCGAAGUCUGUUAAGCGCACUCAUUCACGAUAUAGACUCAAAGUUGCAGUGCAACGCGAUCCGAUUAAGAACGCCAUUAAACGACGCAGCGUCCGAUGCUUGGAAAAAAGUGAUAAGCUUGAUUGGGAAACUCGAGAAGAAUAUAAACAAUUCGGAAGCCUUGCCGAUAUUUCACACAAUGAAUUUACAUAUGGGUCUGCAGUUAUUCUCAGAUCCUGAAACGGCAAUUAUGUCGAUUAAUGAGCUCCAGUGUUGUUAUGAUAGAUUGAAUAAAAAGUCCAAGAAACACAAAAAGCUCAAUAACGCAGCUACGGAAGAGGAGCCAGAAUGGGUCGAAGUAGUAGUGGAUCUUUUGUUAUCUCUUUUGUCCAAAAACGAUCAUUUAUUCCGUUCAUUGGGCGCUUGUGUGUUCCCACAUAUAUGCCCGUAUCUGACUUCAUCUGCAGUUCAUCAGAUAUUGGCGGUACUGGAUGUAAAAAAUACUCAAAAGACACUCACCACGAAGAGAAAUGACAAUGAAGAUUCCUCGGAUAUGGAAAGCGAGUUGGAGGAUAGCGAGAACGAUGAUGAUGAGGAAGAAGAGGGGGAGGAGGAGGAGGCAAGUGUUUUAAAUAAUGACGGUUUAUCAGAGAAUGAAUCCCAAUCUGACGCAAGUGAGGACGAGGACGGGGAUGAAGAUGACACGGUGACCGAUAAAUUGAGACUGGCGCUACGUCAAGCGCUGGGCGAUGCCGCGAUGCAAACCGAUGACGAGGACAUCGACGUGGAUCAAAUAGGAGAGGAAGAGGGCAAACGAUUGGAUAAAUCGUUAGCAGCGGCGUUUAAAAUUCUCCGGGAGAACCGUCAGGCUCGUUCCAAAAAGCAAGGGAAAACGAGCCAGGCGUUGAUGCACUUCAGGGCUCGCGUUAUAGAUUUGUUAUCUAUUUAUUUAGAUACUUGCCCGUCCAUGGCGGUCACUCUAGAUAUGAUCGUGUCGCUCUUCGCUCUGUUGGAAUUCUGUAUAAAGGAUCCGCAUCAGGGGCCACUCGCGCAUAGAAUUCGGGCUUGCUUGAAAAAGCUGUCGACGGUGAAAAAAUUCAACGAUACAAUAGGUGUCGACGAUGCUUUGCUAACGACCGUGUUAAAGGCUCUGAUCGAGAAAGGAGAGCGUUCUGUCUUGGUCUGUCAGGAACUCAACGAUAAAUUGGCUGAGUGCUGUACCUUCCUCGUAAGGUGCGCGCAACAAGCUGACUUGUCCACUAAGAGCAUUGUAGAAAUUUAUGGGAAAAGUUUAACCGCGUUCUUUAAGAAGAGGGACUGCGUGCUCUCGUCAAUAUUGUUCAAGAGUGUAUUACAGUUGUGUUGGGAGGAUAACUGGCAGUUGGCUAGUCUGCUGGUGGACUUUGCUUUCGACAGCAGUAUUCGAUACUUCCGCAGGAAUCAAGCGUUGGAGCUCCUACUAAUUUUCUAUAACAACAAUCGACUGCUGAACAUGGAUACGAGACAUGUCGACGUGAGAAUGAAACUGGAAACGACGCUUUGUAAAAAUACUAUAGACACGCUCAAGGAAACGUGUGACCUACGUGUGAACGAUAACGGACAAUCCGCUUCGUGUAACAACGUUGGCGCGCAGAAGAAAGUUCUGCAGAAAUUUAUCGGGCAUCUCUUGGCGCUGUUGCGCGUCGUUCACUCGCGUCAUUUGCCACAAGCAUGGGAUUGGCAGAGCGUUAAAGCGACGUUGACCAAGUACAGGAGCCAAAACGCUCUUUUCGGAGAUGCGAAAACUGCCUACAAGAAACUAGCAGCCGAAAUUGGAGUGCCUCUUAAUGUGCCAUCAACGAAGGGUGAUACUGAGCCGAACAGUCUCAAUGGUACUGUUGCACAAAGUAAUGGCAAACAAAGCAACGUCGGGUCUCAAAACGGCAAAGCAAGUGACUCUGAAGAAGAGAAAGAACCGGAAGAGGCCGCACAGAGCAAUAAUGAGCAAAGGAAAAAGAAAAAGAACAAGAACAGACAAAGGGACAAGCGAUUACUGAAGAAAGAAGCGCGUGAGUUACGUGCGAAAGUUAUGUCUGAGGAUAUAGAGCUGUUUAAAUUUAGCAGUGCCAAUUUGCCGGAGGACGAAGACGCGGCGGAGGUUCUUCAAAACGGAGAUUCUGCGAUCCCGGAGACGCCGCGGAAGAGGAAUCGGGCGACGGAGGAGGGACGCGAGCACAAAAGAAGAAAACGUACCAAUCGUACUUGAUACGAUUUGUAAACCUAUAAGAAUAAAAACUGACGAGACGCAUACAGCA